AUGUCAAACGUGAUGCUGAUGCUACAGUUACAGACACGGCCCCUGCUGGCGCAGCCUCUCUGAUUCUCUCUCCCUUUCCGCGUCCAGCGCUGGGCUUUUUCAGACAAGUGCAUCUCCUAACCAGGUCACAUUUCAGCCGCGACCCACUAUCCGUCUGUCACCGGAGUCAGACCGCAGGAGGAGGGCUGAGGAACACGACGUUUGCUUCGCUAACUGCAGGGUGAGAGGAAGGACAUUAAAAUACUGCAGAAGUCAAGACCCCCUAGGUCGCACCCAGACCACGAUGCGCGCCCCGGGCUGCGGGCGGCUGGCGCUGCCGCUGCUGCUCCUCGCCGCGGCCGCCCUGGCCGAAGGCCACGCCAAAGGGCUCAAGGAGGGCGAGACCCCCGGCAAUUUCAUGGAGGACGAGCAAUGGCUGUCGUCCAUCUCGCAGUACAGCGGCAAGAUCAAGCACUGGAACCGCUUCCGAGACGAGGUGGAGGAUGACUACAUCAAGAGCUGGGAGGACAAUCAGCAGGGAGAUGAAGCUCUGGACACCACCAAGGACCCCUGCCAGAAGGUGAAGUGCAGCCGUCAUAAGGUGUGCAUCGCCCAGGGCUACCAGCGGGCCAUGUGCAUCAGCCGCAAGAAGCUGGAGCACAGGAUCAAGCAGCCUGCCCUGAAAGUCCAUGGAAAUAAAGACUCCGUCUGCAAGCCCUGUCACAUGGCCCAGCUUGCCUCCAUCUGCGGCUCUGAUGGCCACACUUACAGCUCGGUGUGUAAGCUGGAGCAGCAGGCAUGUCUGAGCAGCAAGCAGCUGAUGGUGAGAUGUGAGGGCCCCUGUCCCUGCCCCACAGACCAGGCCUCCACCUCCACCACCGACGGCAAACCAGAGACCUGCACGGGUCAGGACCUGGCCGACCUGGGGGAUCGGCUGCGGGACUGGUUCCAGCUCCUUCAUGAGAACUCCAAGCAGAACGGCUCAGCCAGCAGCGGAGCCAGCCUGGCCGGUGGGCUGGACAAGAGCCUGGGGGCCAGCUGCAAGGACUCCAUCGGCUGGAUGUUCUCCAAGCUGGACACCAGUGCCGACCUCUUCCUGGACCAGAUGGAGCUGGCCGCCAUCAACCUGGACAAGUACGAGGUCUGCAUCCGCCCCUUCUUCAACUCCUGCGACACCUACAAGGAUGGCCGUGUCUCCACCGCUGAGUGGUGCUUCUGCUUCUGGAGGGAAAAGCCCCCCUGCCUGGCAGAGCUGGAGCGUAUCCAGAUCCAGGAAGCUGCCAAGAAGAAGCCAGGAGUCUUCAUCCCGAGCUGCGACGAGGAUGGUUACUACCGGAAGAUGCAGUGUGACCAGAGCAGUGGUGACUGCUGGUGUGUGGACCAGCUGGGCCUGGAGCUGACCGGCACCCGCACGCACGGGAGCCCCGACUGUGACGACAUCGUGGGCUUCUCAGGGGACUUUGGGAGCGGUGUCGGCUGGGAGGACGAGGAGGAGAAGGAGACGGAAGAAGCGGGCGAGGAGGCUGAGGAGGAGGAGGGUGAGGCGGGCGAGGCUGACGACGGAGGCUACAUCUGGUAGAAGGCCCGCAGGGAGCCGGGGCAGGCCAGGGUGCCGACGGCCGGGGGAAAAGGGCCAGCAGAGACCUGGAGAGAAGCAGGCAGCGUACAGGUGGAUCCAGAAAAUACAGUCGGAAGGACCCUGGCUCCCAUGGGGAGGACUGGAUGUAUGAGUGUGCAUGACACACAUGUGGGAUGUACGGCUGCGACGUAUGAAUGAACGUUUGUGUGUGUGUGUGUGUGUGUGUGUGGCAUGUGCUGCACGUGUCCUUGUCCACACUGCUCCUGGCAGAGUGAGGCACCCAGAGGCCCCUUCGACCUCCUUGUAGUUGUCUUCUUUCCAUUUGUUGUUGGUUUUAAAAUACACACAUUCACACACCACAAGGGCAAAACUGAUGAAAUGAGAUGCCCCCUUGCCACAUCCCCUAGCCCCAUCCGGCCUCACCCUGACUCCUUUGUCCUAAUUUGCUACCCUUGGCUCAACCAGCCCUGCCUCCUUCUGCCCGGGCCUGCCCUUCUCCCUCCCCUUUCUGGGGUCAAGCUGUGGCCUGCAGGCGUGUCCGCAUUGCAGAGAGGCAGGAGGGCAGGGAGCUGUCUGCUGGCUGGGGGUCCUCCCGAAGCUGGCCCAGUUUGGCUGUGACAUCCCCACCAGCCUCAGAUGAGCAGGGCUGGGACACCCACCACAGCAAGCCCCUUCCCUUUGCUAGGCUCCCAGCACUAGAGAAACUCUCCUAACCCAAGCCAGUGGGACCAGAGGUGGCCAAGAAGGAGCCAGAGGUGGUGGCGAGGGUGUCUUAGGUGGGGGCUUGGUCUGGGGCGCUCGCUUGGAGGCAGUGGGAGGUAGUUAUACGGGGAGCUCUGCCUGGCCCUGUGGGGUGCUGCACCUACCCCCGCCCCUCUUGCUGGUCCACUCUGGAAGCCUGAGGAUCGGGCAGCAGGUGAAGAGCCUGGGUUUUGGCCAGGGGUGUGUGUGUGCACCCACCUCCUCCCUGACCCCUUAAUUAAGUGCUUCCCGCCCACCCAGACCCAUAGAAAGGGUUGUCCCUGAGACCCUGUGAAGGAGCAGCAGUGGAAAGCUGCAACCUUCUUGCUCUCCAGGACCACAACCUUUCUCCAUCUCUCCUCCUCAAGGGAAAGGCACCCAGGGGCCGUUUCCGUCCCCACUCCUCUCAGCCCCCGAGGUUUCCCUCUGUCCCCUCCGAGGGUCCCCUAGGGCUGCUGUAAUGGAGGGGCUUCUCCAGGCUCUGUUUUGAAGCCUUAACAUAUUCAAGAGCUGUGAAAAGUCAGAGGGGACGAGACGGGGGCAACCAGAGUCUGAGGCCACACCUUGCUCUUCCCUUGAAUUUCCUUACCAGGUGGGAGCCAGGAUGGAUGAGAAAGUGCCCCAUAUAUUUUUUUCCCUAAUCUGUCCAGUUCUCCCUGUUGAAGCAAAUUCCUUAACACCUUUGGUGAAGAAUUUCUUGCCCGAAUGUGGGCCUCUGAUGCCCUCCAGUGUGCGGUGAGUGCAGUGUGUGUGUGUGUGUGUGCUUGUGUGUGAGCCUAGGGGCCGUGCCUGAGGGCCUGGGACUCGAGGAGGGUGCCCCUGUGUGCUGUGUGGGCGGCAGGGUGUGGGGUCCACGCAGCGAGGUUCCCUGGGCAAGGCUCCCUGCCUGGCUCUCCCCAGCUUCUGCUGCAUCUGCUGUGUCUUUGGACUUUGUGGAAUAACCUCACCCAGGCCGCCCCUUUACUCCACCAUGGAAUCAACAUCUUCUCAGCCCUCUGUUGGGGGAGAUAAUGAAACUCCAGUUAGCCCUCUGACCGCUUCUCAUUCCGCAGCACAGUUCUGACCACUAAGGUGUCUCGCUGUUCCAGAUGCCCCACGUCCCAUCUCCCGCCUCUCCCCUUCCUGUCCUCCCACCUCCCCCUGCUGGUCCCCGGCUCGGUUCAGGGAAAUGCCAUCUCGCCUCAGCCCUCUGCUGCUCCUCUCACUCAGAGCUACUUGAAACUUCCUGCUCUUGCUAGGAUCGGAGCCUGUGUGUCUCUUCCCUCUGCCCCAGCUCAGACUUCUGGAACUGUCCUCCUGGGGGCGCUGUUGAGGAUGCUGGGGCAUUCUGGGGUGGCAAGGGGGUGGAGAGGAGGGAACACCCCUCUCCUCUCACUGUUGCCUUCCCCCCUGGGGGACGCGUGCUCUCUCUGUGUCUCUGGGUCUUCUGGCUGUGCACGUUCUUAUGACCUUGUAAAUAUGUUGUAGAAAGAAAGCAAAAGGCACUGAACUAGACCCUGGUGGGACUCAGGGGUCCAACCUUGCCGUCUCUGAAGCACCCACACUGCUUUUCACCCCAUUCUCUGAAUCUGAGACCCCCCAAAGCUAGACAAAGCGGCUUGUUCCCAGUGGGCUGAAGGCCUCCACGUGACUUCUUGCCAGACCAGCUCGAGGUUUCCCCAUGGGCAAAGUUGCAGGGUAGUCCUUCCUCGGCUCCUCAGAUUCGUGCCCUUGACCAAGCUGCCUGCCACCCAGCCCCUCCCUGGUCCCUCUACUCGGACGUCCUCUCUCCGUCCUGUCUCCACUCCCCUUGCCUAGGCAGGCAGCGGAAUUAGGGCUGCAUUGAAAAGAGCUCAACCAAAUUUUAGAAGAAAGGUUUCUUGCCUGGCCCCAGAGCUGCCCUUGGCUAUGGCAGGCCUCCUGACCCAUGGGUGCUGGGAGAUAUGAGUGUGUCUAAGAUGGGGUAGGUUGGAAUUGAGAGAACGAAUGUGCCUUGAGAGACCACUCAGAGAGGGUCCAAGGGUAAUGGGGGAGGAGGCACGGCGUGGGAGCUCAGGAAGGAGGGAGAGGGAGGUGAAGCAGAGGAGAGCAUGAUGGGGCAUCAUGACUGCUCGCUACUGUCCUGCUGGGGCUGUGACCACAUGGGGUCAGUGGUCACCCUUCCUCAUGCCAGCCCUCCUGGUUUUAGUGUGCAGGCCACUCACUCAACCUUUCAUGAGCUCCAUCUGCUUCCAGCUUCACCUCUGAGUGGGUGGGUCCAUUGGGAUCAACACUGGAACCCUCCAUUUCACCAAAGCCUCACCCUCAGCCCUUGGGGAGAAUGAAUGGCUAAUCCACUGACAUCUGGCGUCAUCGUGAGGCUGUGGGCUGGCAGGGUUCAAAGGGAAGAGACAGUGGGGGUGCAAAAGGAGACUCGAGACAUCCCGAGGAAGUCCCAAGCAGAGCAAACUGCUUUAUAGCCUGAAGCCUACUUAAACUGUGUUAUGUGCAAUAACUGAGCUUAGAGUUAAGAAUUGUGUUCAAGUGCUUGGAUUUCCGUCUGUAUAUUUAAGUGCUGAAAUCGUAUCUCUCAGUAAUUUUAGACGUCUUUAAAAAAAUCGAAAAACAAAGUGUUAGACCGUGUGUGUGCAUUGAUGGGCACUCAAGUGUCCUGUGGAUCACCCCACUUUCUCCCUUUCCCCUGUGCCCCCGUCUCCUCACACCCAGCCCCGCCUCCACUUGGGGCCCCCGCCUCGUGUUGUCUUUAUCUGCCUAUUACUCAGCCUAAGGAAAUACGUACACGCCACACAUGCAUAAAGGAAAUCAAAUGUUAUUUUUAAGAAAACAGAAAAUAAAGACUUUAUAAACACCA